AUGUCGAGCGCGUCGCUGUCGAGUUCCGCAUCCCGUACUUUGAGUAAGGUCCUGGCUGGCCCUCCCGGGGAGACAGACGAAUAUCAGGGCCGUCAGUUGGACCCGCUGCAGAAGGAGCUUCUGCUCCUUGCAUACAAUCAUGGAGCGCUCAAAUUCGGCGAAUUCAAACUGAAAAGUGGACGGACGAGCCCCUUCUUCUUCAACGCCGGCAUGUUCGGCAACGGACAAGCUAUGGAACUCAUUUCGAAAGCAUACGCUACGGAGAUCGUACGCAGCGGCGUGGAAUACGACGUCCUGUUCGGUCCCGCAUACAAGGGAAUUCCUCUUGUAGCUUGCACGGCGAUGUCGUUGAACCGCGUGUACUCACAACCAGCUCCGUUCAUUUACGACAGGAAAGAAGAGAAAGACCACGGCGAGAAAGGCGUUCUCGUCGGCGCGCUGAACCAACUCGAACCGAAGCUGAUACCCGGGACUGUCGACAAGUACCGGCCGGCACGGGUCUUGCUGCUGGACGAUGUCUUGACUUCCGGCACUGCUCUCCGUGGAAAUAUGAAACUUCUGCGUGAGCUUCAGCCUGAUGUCGAGGUUGCCGGCAUUUGUGUCUUGCUUGAUCGGCAGGAGCGCAUCUCCGAAGACUCGAAUUUGUCAGCGGCAGAACAAUUGGAGGACGCCUACAACACGAAGGUCUUCUCCGUUCUGAACAUCACGGAUAUGCUGAUUUUUCUCGACGGGUUGAUAAGCUCUGGCGAUCAUCUAGAGUCAAGGGCGACACUUCAGAAAGCUCGGAAUGAUAUUCUGGAAUACCGUCGUAAAUAUGGAGUUACAGAUGAGCUGCCUACAGACAUGUUGUAG